UAAAGCAAAAAAAAAGACCUGAGAGAAGGAUAGAGUGGCGUUUGAAAUAGAUGGACACUCUGUUCGUCGGUUGUCAUGUGGCGUCGGCCCCAUCACCCAAACGAAGUCACACCAAAGCACAUCAGCAACCGCUUCAAGAAAUACGGGUUUGCACCAACCGUGCUUGCCGGAAACAAGGAUCCUUUCAAACCCUAGAAACACUCUCUGGUAUCGCUCCUCCCAACGUCGCCGUUAAGUCCUCCGGCUGCUUGGGAAAGUGCGGCGCCGGACCCAACCUGGCGUUCCUUCCAGAUGGCAUCAUCGUGGGUCAUUGCGGGACGGCUUCUCGUUGUUUGGAGGUGAUGUUUGGUGGAAGAGAUAAUUCCAAAACUAGUUUGGAUGCGCUUGCUUUGAGGAAGAGGGCAGAUGUUGAAUUUGAGAACAAAAACUUUUCUGAGGCCGACCUUUUGCUGUCACAGGCUAUAGAUUUGAAACCAUUGGGUGGCUUACAUGUCACAUUUAAAUGCAGGUCAUUGGUAAGGAUGGAAUUGGGCAACUACUCGGCUGCCCUCCAAGAUGCUAAUGAGGCUUUGCUAUUAGCUCCUAACUAUUCUGAGGCUUAUAUCUGCCAAGGUGAUGCCUUUUUGGCAUUCAACAAUUUCGAUUUGGCAGAGCAGUCAUAUUUAGCCGCUUUAGAUAUAGAUCCUUCCAUCCGUCGUUCUAAAUCUUUCAAGGCCCGAAUAACAAAGCUUCGGGAAAAACUUGCUCGUGUUGAAUAAUACAUGAUAGGAUUUGCCUUCUGAAUGCCAGAGGAAUAUAAUACUGAGCUUUAUUGCAUAAUAUCUGUUUUAAUUUAAUUCAUUUAUUGUACUUAAUAAAAAAAAUGCAACUCAACAACUAAAAAUACCCUGUAGGUAGGAACUUACUCAUGUUGUAUAAUAAAUAGUCAAAUAAGAUUGGAUUGGAUUUUA